AUGUGUUUUGUAAGGCCAAACACUGUUGGUGUGUCGGGUCGUGCUAAACAUUUUCGAGUUAGAAGGGGCGUGAAGGGUGGACGCAGGUUCAUAAGACGUAUCCACACUGUCUGUGUUGGGCGGCUGAGCUACGUAGAACAUCAACUUGGGGCUAAUAGAAAUAAUUUAGUGUACAUCUUCAAUGAUACUCUCAACAACUCCUGUCCUAUCGCAAAAGUUCCAAAUGAAACAUGUGAGACCUUCCCUAUUCCAACAUUGAUUCAACACAGGAAAAAGAGAAUUGACAAUACAAGCUGUCGAGAUGGUUCGAAUCUUUUGAAAAUUGAAACAAGUAGAGUUCCAAUAGCCAACACGUCAGGAACUCUUUCACUAUGUACUCUCAAUUGUAGAUCUUCAAGAAAUAAAUCAGUAUCCAUAAAUGAUUACAUUCAGUCAAAUAACAUCGAUCUCAUGGUGCUGACUGAAACAUGGCUAGGAUCAAACACAGAUAACGCCAUUUUGUCUGAACUAACACCAAACGGAUAUAAUUUCACAAAUAAUCCAAGGGUAGAUCGAAGGGGUGGGGGCCUGGCGAUUAUUCACGAAAAACAGGUUAGUGUGAAACCUGCGAACAAAGAUGCCAAAUACACUAAUUUUGAACAUCUAGAGUGCUCUGUUGGAGUCAAAAACAAGUUUAUUCGCAUCGCUGUUAUAUAUCGCCCACCACCAUCUAAAUCAAAUAAAUUCAAGAAUUCCGUUUUCUUUGAAGAAUGGACCAACUAUCUGGACAGUCUCGUGUUAAUCCCUGGUGAGUUACUUAUCACAGGUGUUCUAAAUUUCCACCUUGAUGAUCCCAAUGACAAAGAUGCUAGAACAUUUACAGAGUUGCUAACAGAACAUGGAUUAAAGCAGCAUAUUUCCGAUGAAACACAUCGUCUUGGUCAUACGUUAGAUGUGUUGAUAACCAGAGAAGAUAGUCCUAUAUUACAGGGAACGCCAUUUGUAGCAGAUCCUGGUAUAUGUGACAACAAUGGAAACAGAAGUGGUGACCACCUCGCAAUUCGCACUUUAUUGCGUCUGUCCAAAGCUCCGAGAGAGAGAAGAACGGUAACCUUUCGGAAAAUUCAUGACAUCAACAUAGACAAGUUCAGAAACGAUCUUGAUUUUUCAAACGUGACUUACAAGGAAGCAUCUGUUGAAAAGCUUAUCAUUCACUACAAUAGAGUUCUAACUGCUACCAUUGAUGUUCAUGCUCCUCAGAAAUCAAAGGAGAUUGUUAUACGACCGAAUACUCCUUGGUUUACGGAUGAUCUUUAUUCUGCUAAGAGAGAUCGCCGAAGGGCUGAACGAACUAUGAGACGAACAAACCUAGCAGUCCACAACGACAUUUUCAAUCAGAAAUGUAUGCAGGUUACAAAACUCAUACAACACUGUAAAAGUCAGUUUUAUAUAAACAAAAUUCAGGAAAUAGGCAGCGACUCGAAACAGCUUUUUAAACUUACCAACAAUCUCAUGGGAAACACAAAUUUAUCAGUCCUGCCAGAGCAUGACAGCGAAAUCGAUCUCGCAUCCAAAUUUGGUGAAUUUUUUAUCGGUAAAAUUCAGAAAAUCAGAGAAAACCUUUGCUCCUUGACCAAGUCUCCUACUAUGGAAGUUGUCCUUCGAGCUGACAUCAAGUUUGAUGGCAUUCCUCUGGAAGCGUUUGAACCAGUGUCGAUUGCUGAGGUAUGUGACAUUAUCGGCGAUGCACCAACGAAGUCUUGCGAGUUAGAUCCAAUACCCACAAAUGUUUUGAAACAAUGUUUGGAGAGUCCUUUGCCAAUUGUCACUGAAAUUAUCAACAAAUCCUUCUCAGAAGCGUCAGUACCAUUGGAUUUCAAAAAGGCCAUAGUACGUCCCUUGAUUAAGGGCCAAGGACUUGACAAAGAUGAAUUCAAAAAUUACAGACCUGUUUCAAAUUUGCCUUUUUUAUCUAAAGUAUUAGAAAAAGCGGUGGCAUCUCGACUCGAAAAACACCUAAAUGCUUACCAGCUUCAUGAUAACGUGCAGUCGGCCUACUGA